AUGUGCAAUGAAUGUCCCUGGCUCCUUUAUCCCCACAUAGACAGUCUUGAUAGCGCCAUUGAGUCUCAAAAUCCUUGUUGCGCACGUCAUAUUGCCACUGAGUUGCUCGUUGCAUGGCUCCAUAGUCGUGUAGAGGACGGUGUUUGGUGGAAGAACUUCGUGGAUGCGUUCUUCAGGGAUGUUGUGAGUGUCAGCAAUUUUGAUGAAACAACACUGCUCGGCGACCUUGCCUUAGUCGGCAUCAACGAGUACGGCCCCGACACAGAACUUGUUCUCCGCUGGUGGGGACUUUUGGGCUUGAGUGAGUGCGAAAUCCAUGAACGCUUCGUGAUCUCCGAUGCCAAAGGUUGGAUUCAUUUUGAUCUUAAACAUGACCAGUUCUUUUUCUGA